AUGGCAACAUUGACCUUGGAGAAUCUGCCCUCCCUCGUUUCCCUUGUUCUUUUCUUUCUGUUACAUUUUUCGCUUCAUGUUGCUUCAGACUCUGCUGAAGAAGCAAAUGCUCUUCUCAAAUGGGCAGCCAGUCUUCAAAACCAGGAGCAUUUCAACCUAUCUUCAUGGCCUUUACUUCCAACAAAUGCCACCAAUUCCAAACCAAAAACAAGCCCAUGCACUUGGCUUGGAAUUUAUUGCAACCGUGGAGAAAGGGUCUUUCGAUUAAACUUGACAAAUGCAGGUUUAAACGGUAUGCUUCACGACCUUUCUUUCUCAUCCUUUCCUGAUCUUGAGUUUAUUGAUUUCAGCUCCAAUGGACUUUUUGGUACGAUCCCACUUGAAAUCACUCAGCUUCCCAAACUCAGAUAUCUUGAUUUAUCAAAUAAUCAGUUAUCAGGGAUAAUCCCGUCAGGGAUUGGCCUCCUAACAAAUCUUGAAACCCUGCACUUAGGUGAAAAUGAACUAAAUGGUUCAAUUCCUGAAGAAAUAGGUCAGUUAAGUUCCCUUAUUGAGCUUUUCUUGUAUAGCAACUAUCUAGACGGUCAUAUUCCUGUUUCACUAUGCAAUUUGACCAAGAUGGUUGCAUUACGCCUCUAUGAUAAUCAAUUUUCUGGUACUAUUCCUUUGAAAAUGGGAGACCUCGCCAAUUUGGUUGAACUUUUCAUGGAUUCCAAUAGCUUUGAAGGUCCUAUCCCUUUCACUUUUGGAAACUUGACAAAGCUAACUUAUUUGUUCAUGUAUCGAAAUCAACUUUCUGGUUCUAUUCCCCCAGAAAUUGGAAACCUGAAGUCUCUCAACUGGUUAAGCCUUUUUGGAAACAAUCUUUCUGGCCCAAUUCCAUGGUCACUGGGUGGUCUGUCAAACCUCACCCUCCUUCAUCUUUACAGAACUCAACUCUUCGGCUCCAUUCCUGAAGAGUUAGGAAACUUAACGUCUAUUUCUGAUCUAGAGUUGAGCGCAAAUCAACUUAAUGGCUCUAUUCCUUCUUUCUUGGGUAAUUUGAGCGUCUUACAAUAUUUAAAGCUCCGUAGAAACCAAUUUAGUGGUUCUAUUCCUGCUUCUUUGAGUAAUCUGAGGAUCUUAAAAAUCUUAACAGUCUUUGACAACCACUUAACUGGCCCUAUUUCCUUGAGUAAUUGA